GGGGUGAGCAGGCCGGAGGGUGCACCGCCCUCUGCGCCCCUCUCCAGCCUCCCGCACAGCGCCCGCGCCCGUCGUCGCCUGCGCCAGCCAUGAGCCGCCAGUUGGCCCACUAUGCCGGCGGGGAGCGCCCGGGCUUCAGCGGCUGCUCGGCGGUGCUCUCGGGCCGCCUCAGCUGCAGCUCUGCCUCCUUCAGGGCCGGGGUCAAGGGCUCGGCGGCCUUCGGCAGCAAGAGCGUCUUCUGCCUGGGGGGCGGCCGGCGCCUGGCGCUCAGCGCGGCGGGGCGGAGCGGUGGCCGCCUGGGCGGCUUCGUGGGCACCGUCUUCGGCAGCGCUGGGCUGGGGCCUGCGUGUCCGUCCGUGUGCCCGCCGGGGGGCAUCCCUCAGGUCACUGUCAACAAGAGCCUCCUGGCACCCCUCAACGUGGAGCUGGACCCUGAAAUCCAGAAGGUGCGCGCCCAGGAGCGGGAGCAGAUCAAGGCUCUGAACAAUAAGUUCGCCUCCUUCAUCGACAAGGUGCGGUUCCUGGAGCAGCAGAACCAGGUGCUGGAGACCAAAUGGAACCUCCUGCAGCAGCUGGACCUGAACAACUGCAGGAACAACCUGGAGCCCAUUUACGAGGGCUACGUCAGCAACCUGCGCAAGCAGCUGGAGACGCUGUCCGGGGACAGAGUGAGGCUGGACUCAGAGCUGAGGAACAUGCAGGAUUUGGUGGAGGACUACAAAAAGAGGUACGAUGUGGAGAUUAACAGGCGCACAGCGGCUGAGAAUGAGUUCGUGGUGCUCAAGAAGGAUGUGGACGCCGCCUACAUGAACAAGAUUGAGCUCCAGGCCAAGGUGGACUCCUUGACAGACGAGAUUAAAUUCUUCAAGUGCCUCUAUGAAGGGGAGAUCACUCAGAUCCAGUCCCACAUCAGUGACACAUCUGUCAUCCUGUCCAUGGACAAUAACCGGGACCUGGACCUGGACAGCAUCAUCGCUGAGGUCCGCGCCCAGUAUGAGGACAUCGCCUUGAAAAGCAAGGCCGAGGCCGAGGCGCUGUACCAGACCAAGAUCCAGGAACUGCAGGUCACAGCAGGCCGGCAUGGGGAUGACCUUAAGCUCACCAAGGCUGAGAUCUCCGAACUCAACCGGCUGAUCCAAAGGAUCCGCUCGGAGAUAGGGAGUGUGAAGAAGCAGUGCGCCAACCUGGAGACGGCCAUCGCCGAUGCAGAGCAGCAGGGGGACUGUGCCCUCAAGGAUGCCCGCGCCAAGCUGGACGAGCUGGAGGCCGCCCUGCAGCAGGCCAAGGAGGAGCUGGCGCGGAUGCUGCGCGAGUACCAGGAGCUCAUGAGCCUGAAGCUGGCCCUGGACGUGGAGAUCGCCACCUACAGGAAGCUGCUGGAGGGCGAGGAGUGCAGGAUGUCUGGUGAAUAUCCAAAUUCUGUGAGCAUCUCCGUCAUCAGCAGCACGGGCGCUGGGGCAGGAGGCGCAGGCUUCAGCAUGGGCUUUGGCGCCGCGGGCGGCUACAGCUACAAACCUGCUGCAGCGGACGUCAAGACCAAAGGCAGCUGUGGCAGCGAGUUCAAGGAUCCCCUUGCCAAAACCUCAGGCAGCAGCUGCGCCACCAAAAAGGCCCCCAGAUGACAGACUGGCAGUCGGUGAUGCGAGCAGGAGCCUUCAGAACCCACCCGCCUCCUCCCUCUCCUCCCCGGGGCCCCUUUCCAAGUCAGGAUGUGCUUUGUCCACGACCACAAUCCCAUCUCCUCGUCCUCUGUGGGGUGAUGCUCUGAUGUGGGGAGUCCAGUCAUGGGCUCUCUCAGUGGCCCCCUUCUUGGUCACCUUUCACUGGGUCACUGCCCCAGAUGCAGAGGUCACCCCCCCCCAGGAUGUCCCUUGUGGGCAGCUGCAAGCUCCUCUGCCCCCAUGCCUUUCUUGGGCCUUCGCCACGAUGGGACUCUCUUUGCCCUCUGAUUGGGAUUGUGUCCAGUUCUCUGCUUCUCUUGCAAUAAAUAAU